AGAAACCGUACGAUUCUGCUUUCAGGUAAAAUAUUCCGCGCUACAUCUGUGACUUCGGGAAAAUGGUGAAGUUGUAGUUCUCAUCAGAUUCAAGCAUGGAGUCAGUUGGGUGUAGUUGAAAACUGGAAGUAACACCUCAAACAACAAUGACGGCAACCGUAAAUCUAUCUCUAUCUCCUCUUCUCUCCACUCCCCAACAACCUCAAUCAAAUCGAAGUACAACAACCGACCUAAUCAAAUCAUGCAAAAACCUUAACGAAAUCAAACAGCUGCAUGCCCGUUUCACUAAACAAGGGUUCAAUCAAGACCCUGGUUUUCUUGGUAAACUCAUUGCUAAAUGCUCCGAAAUAGGCUCAUACGAUAGCUUAAAAUAUGCACAAACAGCUUUUGACAAUUUCUGUUAUAGUGAAGAAGGUUUAAAUAAUACUUACAAGUUUAAUUCUUUAAUAAAAGGGUAUUCUUUAGCUGGUUUGUUUUCUGAUGCUGUGUUGAUUUAUGCAAGAAUGGUUCUUGAAAAUGUGGAGCCUGAUGGUUACACUUUUCCUUUGGUUUUGAGUGCUUGUGCCAAGGAUGGAAGGUUUUUUGAGGGAAGCGAAAUUCAGGGUUUGGCUUUAAAAUGGGGCUUUGGUGAUGAUGUGUAUGUGUUGAAUUCUCUGAUACAUUUGUAUAGUGAAUGUGGGGAGGUUGAUAAAGCGAGGAAAGUGUUCGAUAAAAUGCCUGACAGAAAUUUGGUGUCUUGGACUUGUUUGAUUUGCGGGUACGCGAGGAGGGAGAAGGCUGAAGAGGCGGUUCGUUUGUUUUUUGAGAUGGUAGAGGAGGAGGGUAUUAUGCCGAAUUCUGUGACGAUGGUUUGUGUGAUUUCGGCUUGUGGGAAGUUGGGGGGUUUGGGAUUGGCGGAAAGGGUGUGUGGUUAUAUUGGAAAGGCUGGAUUAAAGGUCAAUACUGUUAUGGUAAAUGCUCUUGUAGAUAUGUAUAUGAAAUGUGGAUCCGUGGUUAAGGCGAAAAGGCUUUUUGAGGAAUGUGUUGAUCGUAAUUUGGUACUUUAUAAUACGAUUUUAUCAAACUAUGUACGCCAUGGGAUGGUAACCGAAGCACUUGAUGUCUUGGGUGAAAUGCUUUCUUGUGGAGGACCUCGUCCGGAUAGAGUAACUUUGUUGUCUGCUAUAUCAGCCUCGACAGAGAUGGCUGAUGUUUUCUUAGGAAAGCAGUGUCACGCUUAUAUUUUGAGGAAUGGGUUAGAGAAUUGGGAUUCUAUUGGUAAUGCCAUCAUCGAUAUGUACAUGAAGUGUGGGUGUCAAGAAUGGGCUUGCAGAGUUUUUCACCGGAUGUCAAACAAGACAGUGGUAUCAUGGAAUUCACUAAUUGCAGGCUUUCUGAGAAAUGGUGAUGUGGAGGCAGCUUGCAGAACCUUUAAUGAGAUGCCGGAGAAUGAUAUUGUGUCAUGGAACACCAUCAUUGGUGGUUUGGUACAACAGAGCAUGUUUGAAGAUGCAAUUCAUUUAUUUCGUGUGAUGCAGAAUGAGGGGAUUAAAGCAGAUAGGGUGACAAUGGUCAGUGUUGCAUCUGCGUGUGGAUACUUAGGUGCUAAUGAUAUUGCUAAGUGGAUAUAUAAUUACAUUGAGAAAUACGAAAUUCAUCUAGAUAUGCAGCUAAGUACUGCGCUUAUUGACAUGUUUGCUAGGUGUGGCGAUCCUCCAAGUGCAAUGAAACUGUUCAAUAAAAUGAAGGAGAGGGAUGUCUCUGCCUGGACUGCAGCGAUAGGGGCUAUGGCUAUGGAAGGAAAUGGUAAGCGGGCAGUCGAACUAUUCUAUGAGAUGCUCCGGGAAGGGGUAGAACCUGACAAAGUUGUGUUUGUGGCUGUACUAACAGCAUGUAGCCAUGGGGGUUUAGUAGGAGAGGGAAUGGAAAUCUUCAGGACUAUGAAAGAGAUCCGUGGAAUCUCACCACAGAUAGUGCAUUAUGGGUGCAUUGUUGAUAUGCUUGGUCGCGCUGGUUUAUUGAAAGAAGCUAUUGAUAUUAUAAAAAAUAUGCCAAUGAAGCCAAAUGAUGCAGUUUGGGGAGCUUUUCUAGCUGCUUGUAAAAUGCAUAAAAACGACGGGAUGGCAACUUAUGCAGCUGACAUGAUCUCUGAAUCAUCCCCAGAUAAAGCUGGAAUCCAUGUGCUUCUAUCAAAUAUUUAUGCUUCGGGAGGGAAGUGGACUGAUGUUGCCAAGGUAAGGAUGUCUAUGAAGGAAAGAGGGAUAAAGAAGAACCCCGGAUCAAGCUCAAUUGAGGUGAAUGGAACCGUUCACGAGUUUACUUCAGGUGAUGAAUCUCACCCAGAGCAGACCAGUAUUUGUCUAAUGCUAGAAGAAAUGAAGUGCAGGGUUAGAGAGGCAGGUCAUGUCCCUGAUCUAACAAAUGUUAUGAUAGAUGUUGAUGAGCAAGAGAAAGAAUUCUUGCUUUAUCGACAUAGUGAGAAAAUAGCCAUGGCAUUUGGACUUAUCUCUACAUCUCAGGGACAUCCCAUUCGGAUUGUGAAAAACCUUCGAAUGUGCUCUGAUUGCCACUCAUUUGCAAAACUGGUGUCAAAAGUAUAUGAACGGCAUAUUAUUGUCAGAGAUAACAACCGUUUCCAUUUUUUCCAGAGAGGGUUGUGCUCUUGUGGUGAUUAUUGGUAGCUGCAUUGUUGUAUAUGAUUGUAUGAUAGUACAUAGUAUUGGUACUUUCUCAAAUUUAAUUGUGUAACUUCAUCAAAUGCUGUGAUUAUAAAUUCCAUUUAUCUGGUCUAAUAAAUA